UCCGCCCCCGUCGGCUGCGGUUCCCGAAGUUCUCCGGACGACUUUCGACGUCCUGUCCCCCCCAAGUGUCAAAGUCCCCCUCGACCCGCGCCCAGACUGAGCUCAGCCCCUUCCUACCUUCUGGAGGUUCGCGUUUAUCUGGCGAGUCCACAGGACGUUAUUCAGGAGCUGCGCGCCUUCGGCUCCCGUUGGACUCUUUGCCGGGGGGGGGGAAAGCGAGCCAGAACCGGCGACCGGGUUUGGACCUUUUUUUCGGGGAGCGUCACCGCUUGGAGUCAUGAAGACCUUCUGGGCUCUGUCGGUGGUCCUACUGUGCCAGCUUUUGACAACCUCCUCCGGCCAGAGGCCUGGCCCGCGAGGAGCCACCGGAGCAGCGGGACCGCCAGGGCCCCCGGGACGAGACGGCAUUGACGGUAAGCCCGGACCUCCUGGAAUGGCGGGGAUAGCAGGGCCCAAAGGAAAAGCCGGAAUUCCAGGAGUGGCAGGAAAACCAGGCUUGCCGGGACUUCCGGGGGUGGAUGGUUUGACAGGUCCUGAUGGUCCUCCAGGGAAGGACGGACCCCCCGGAGAAGCAGGAGAAGCAGGACCUCCCGGGCCACCCGGACCUGCUGGCAGAGGGAGAGCAGGAGCUCCAGGUUUACCUGGAACCAACGGGUUGCCUGGUGGAGUUGGACCCCAGGGCCCCGUGGGUGCUGAGGGUCUUCCAGGGCUUACCGGACCUGCUGGUCCUGAUGGGCCACCUGGUCUUCCAGGUACUCUUCACGAUCUCAGCGGUGACCUCCUGUGUCCUGCCAUCUGCCCCCCUGGUCCUCCUGGUCCUCCGGGGAUACCAGGAUUUAAGGGCCACACCGGCCAUAAAGGAGACAAGGGAGAAGUUGGGAAGGACGGAGAAAAGGGGGACCCUGGUCCUUCUGGUCCUCCAGGUUUUCCAGGGACUGUUGGCUUGCAGGGCCCGCGCGGUCUAAGAGGUUUGCCGGGUCCGAUGGGAUCUGUGGGAGACAGAGGUCUUCCGGGAUUCAGAGGCAAACCUGGCAUCGCUGGCAUCAUCGGAAAGACAGGUGAUACCGGAGAAAGGGGCCCCCGGGGGUUCAGUGGUCCCAAAGGAGAAAUUGGUAAAAUUGGCCCGAAAGGAGCUGUUGGUGGCGCUGGGCCCAAAGGGGAGCCUGGAAUUCCCGGCAGAGACGGUAAAGAUGGCACACCAGGAAUGGAUGGGGAAAAGGGUGAUGCCGGACGCCACGGUGUAGUUGGGGAAAAAGGACCCAAUGGGCUUCCUGGUCUGCAAGGAAAGGCUGGUGGCAAAGGAUCAAAAGGAGAAGUCGGUGAUCCAGGAAAGGCUGGAGAGACGGGACCCUCUGGAGAGCCAGGUAUUCCUGGCGAUAUUGGCAUACCAGGAGAGCGAGGCAUCGCAGGUCCGAGGGGAGUGGCCGGAGGCAUCGGACCUGCAGGCAACCAGGGACCCCAGGGAGUGAAAGGUUUCCAGGGCGUCGGAGGAACUUUGGGAGAUCCAGGUCUUCCGGGUCCAACGGGCAUUCGAGGAGAGUUCGGUGAAAGAGGGCCAGUUGGUGCUUCAGGAGCUAAAGGAGACAUGGGUGUCGCUGGAAGCGAUGGUUUACCUGGAGAGAACGGAGAACCUGGACAGUUCGGACCAGUUGGAAAAAAAGGAGAGGCAGGGAAACGAGGAGAACUGGGACCGAAAGGUGUCACAGGACCACAGGGAGAACUUGGGGCAAGGGGGCCCCCAGGAAAACCAGGAGUAAUGGGCUUCCAGGGAGAGCAGGGUCUUCCUGGAAUUGCUGGAAAAACAGGUGUACCUGGUAAACUAGCAAGUGAACAGCACAUCAGAGAGUUGUGUGGCUCAAUGAUCGAUGAUCAAAUUGCACAACUGGCCGCCAAUCUUCGCAGACCUCUGGCACCAGGGAUGGUGGGCCGACCCGGACGGCCCGGGCCUCCGGGACAGCCGGGGUCAGCCGGCGCCAUCGGUCACCCGGGUGCCCGUGGACCUCCAGGAUACAGAGGCCUGCCUGGAGAACUUGGAGAUCCUGGUUCCAGAGGUGACGUGGGUGAGCACGGUGAUAAGGGGCCCGUCGGCAAAGCAAUUGAGGGCCCCGUUGGAGACCAUGGACACCAAGGUCUUCCAGGAGUUCCAGGGAUUGUUAAAGAUGGCCGUGACGGAUCUCCAGGAGAUCCAGGUGAGCCCGGAGAGCACGGCAGGGUAGGUAGGACUGGGCAUCAAGGACCUCCUGGAAUCUGUGACACAUCAGCCUGUCAGGGAGCAUCGGUUGCCGGGAAAUCAUCUAACCCGAAAAACUACUGAACACGGCUUCCUGCCACCUGUUGCCAUCCGAAAAAAAAACAAGUUGGGGAGAGGAUGGAAUUAAAGACGAGGGUGGUCACAAAAUCUCCUCGUUAGUUGAAUAUGCGUAUGACAAGUUGGAAGGAAAAUAUUGACGGGUGGGGACAUUUUAAGAGGAGCAGAUGAACAUCAGCAACUGGGAGUCCCAAAUAAACAAAAAAAAAAAAAUCAAAACUCAUGCAGUCAUCCAUGAAUAAGGCGGAUGCAUGGUCAUAGUGCUAGAGAACGUCAGUGUUCCUUCCAAAUAUCAACUUAAGACUUUCAGGUUUUGAACAAGAGAAAAGAAAUGAAUGAUGAGUGCUUUGUGUAUAAAAAAACAAACAAAAAAAAAAAACCUUGUACAUGUUGUCCUUGCCCCCACUUCUGUGGUCUAUGUGCAUUUUGGCCCAUUGAUGUAGAUCCCAGGUGUCCACCCUCAGCCCACAAGCUUUUUGGGGUGAAAAAUACACAAACGGAAGCAUCGAGCCCUUGCAAAGCAGCAGUGUACGUGCAACAAGAUGACUUCAACUGUUUUGUUCUGUUCAUUUUGUUUCGCAACAUUUGAAGUUGAACCCCGAGAAACAAAUGCCAAAUAAAAGUUGUGGAUGAAGAAAUCAGAUGUAAAAUAAAUUCAGAACUCUUAGGUGCAGUUUUUCCUUUUUUUUUAUUUUUUUUUAUUUUUUGAGCUUGGAUUCCGCAAUGAUCACAUUCACGAUGUCCUAGCGGUGCUGUAACUAUUACAUAAACAAUUAAACACUAUUUAUUAUGUGUGGGUGACUGUUGUAUGUACGUUUGAUAGAUGAUACAGGGACAUGUUGUAAGAAAGAACGAAUAAAGCCACUUUUCAGUAAAACCUUACUGUUUUCUACAUAUGGGGGCGGAAGACGUGCGUUUCGAUUAAAUUCACUUAAAACAAGUGGCAACACUUUUAAAGCCAGUCGAACAAUGCCGGGGCUGGCGUCCAGAGCUGCCGGAUUUAUGCCUGGUAAAGCUUCAAAUCAAAGCAGUCGAUAAGAUAUAUACAUUUUA